AUGAUAUUCAUUAAUAUUGGCGGAUCCAUCUUGAACAGUCUGGUGUGUGUGGGAUUCUUAUUAGGAGCAAAUCUAAAAACACCGUUUGACUGGUAUUUUGUUAGCCUAUUGGUGGCUAAUUUUUGUGUUGAGACGCUAAUGGCGCCCUUCUCCUUCUUGCGCGUUUUAAGCCCAAGUAUCGAAGUGGGUGUCACCGGUUGUAUGAUAAACGCUUCCGCCACAAACGUUUUCAUCAUGAUACAAAUCGUCAGUCAUGCUGCCAUUGCCGUUAACCGCGUCUGGGCCAUGCUGGCCCCCAUGACCUUUCGGCGUUUUCACAACCUGCAGAAUGUUCGACUGGCUAUUGUUCUGAUGUGGGUGGUACCGCAUGCUAUCGGACUGCCUUGCACGAUUCUCAGUGUACUGGAGCGGAGACCUGUCCAGGUGCGGAACUGCUUCAACGUCUCGUACAGCAAAUCGGAAGUAGAAAACGUCGUCGAAGGCAUUCAGAGAGUUGCCAUGAUGCUGCGGCGUGAUGUUGCAUGGCCGUACAGUGCAAGAACACCUCCUCUCGAUCUUGACAGUGAAAAACGGUACAUCGACAGCGCAAUGGAUCUGGCAUUCAUCGUACUAUUUUUAUGGCAGCUUGAACACGUAUCCAGUAGCCGCUCGUUAUUUCGAAACCCAGGCAGCCUGCUUUCGCGGGAAAUAGCAUUUCCUUCCGACCCUCCUAAUUAUUACGGCCCGUCUAUAUCCGCGCCAUCGUACAGCCCGGAUGCUUACACGACAACAUCCUCAACGACAGAUAACAAUGCUGUUGGACCACGCUGCACGCCAGAUUCCAGUCCUGCUCUUGGUCAGGUCGGUGUCUGUGUCGCAUCCAAUGCGCUGGAUUUAUGCAAAGACAUGAGCAUGACGACGUCCAAUGACUGUGCUGGCUUCGGCAAUGGAAAAUCUUUAUGCUGUUACAGUGUUACGCAGCAGUCGGUGACGACAAGCAGUGCUCCUCUGACGUCCACCGCUGGAACGGAAGAAACGUACCAUAAAGCGCAAACAGCGAUGGUUCGGCAGUACCAGUGCGGGAUACCCAACGGAAAUCCCAACAUCUUCACUAGCAUCGAGACAUCGAAAAGCGCUGGAGCAUUUAGUCACAAAACUCCGAAAACCGUUUUCAAACGGAAGAACCCAAAGAACCGCUUUACCGUUCAGCAAACGAUUGUCGGUGGCUCGGAAGUGCCCAAUGGAGCCGGGUCACUAUGUUGGCAGGUAUCGGUUGUUCGUCUCGUUGAAAAUGGUGCUUUCGUGUGCGGAGGCAUAAUCAUCGGCAGUCGGACCAUUCUAACUGCUGCCCACUGUCUCGGCGACGGUGGCCCUUUCAAUGCUACCGCCACGCCGAUUGUAGUGACCAUCGGGGUAAUUACCUACGCCAUAUCCGGAGAAAUUUUUUAUCCAGAUGUCGUGCAAGGUUGCUCCAGGACGUACAAUGUGGUUAGUGGCGUUGCCCAUCCGGAUUACGACACUGGAACGGACGAUAACGACAUCGCCAUCCUGGUUUUGACCGAAGCGAUUGAUUUCCGACGGCACGAUGCGUGCGCCUGUCGACUGUGUCUGAGCCGGCAUGUUCCUCAGGUUGGCGAUAAAUGUAUAACAUCCGGUUUCGGGGACGAAGUUGAUUCCGAACUUGGUGAUCCUCCCCGCGAUGUCAUCCCACUCAAAUACGUCGUGCAAACUAUUCUGCCAGCAUCUUAUGAUAACUGUGCCUACGUGGCAUCCCCCACCGGAGAAAUUACCGAUCUCGAUUUGUUUCUUUGUGCCGGCGGCGUCGUCGGAGAGGAUUCAUGCCAGGGCGACAGCGGUGGACCAUUGUUCUGUUAUAACGCAACUAGCCAAGUACAGUACCUAGCCGGCAUUGUCGCCAUGGGGAACGGCUGUGCCAGAGGAACUGGAGGACUGUAUACCAAGGUGGCGUUGUAUCUACCGUGGAUAUUUAACACUGCACCUCUUGGAGACUUGACGUUAAUGGUUUUAAUAAUGACAACUCUAACCCCGAUUUAUUUUAUAGUGCUAACGUUACGCGCUGCACAUGGAUACGAGCGACCAGGGAGCAAUCCGCCUUUUCGCCCAGACUAUGGACCUCCAUAUAAAGAGAACCCGCCGUUUCUUUAUAAUCAGUACAAGCAGCAGUCCGCUCCCGCAUACCCAGUCAGAGGAAAUAAUGGAAUCUCAUACCAGAACAACUCCAGAUACUCUGCAUAUCAAUCACCUUACCGCCAGAAAGGGAUAAAUUAUUUGGACUACGCUGGUCGCGAUAACUAUAAAGCUCCGCCGUACCAACAAGAAUUCGAAAUCCCCUAUCUCCCCAAGCCUUACGCGGCGUCGGAAGUCAUUGGUCCCAAAUGCUUCCCCGAUUAUCCGAGAAAGAGCGCGCAUAUUGCCGGUUUUUGUCUUGCGCGCAGUGCCAUUGAUCUGUGCCAAAAGGUCAACAUGACGGCGUCCGUUUCCAGAGACUGUAAUGAUUUUAAGUAUGGUGACGCCGUCUGCUGUCAUGCCAACCGAACUCCAACGUGCGGUAGGAAUGAUACGUUCUCGGCAUUGUUUCAAAAUUCCCAUUCCGCUUGCGUACAGGAAAUGCAGUGUGGUAUUCCCAAUAUUGAUCCCCGUUUAUUUGCUCCUAUCGAGAAGUCACCGUCUAUUUCUCGUCCCAGUAGCGCAGUAUCAGCACCACAUUUGCAGGAAAUGCGUGCCCACAAAGCUAGACGUGCUCGCAAGUUUGUUCAACAACAAUUAUGGCUACAAAAUCUCCUAAAAGGAUUGGCAGUGCAAAAUCGAGUUGUUGGUGGAUUUGAUGCUCCAAAUGGGAGCGCUUCUAUCUGUUGGCAGGUAGCGGUUAAGAUUGACACGCCAUUUCACACUUACCUUUGCGGAGGGGUUAUAGUUGGUGCUCAGACCAUCGUGACAACUGCUCACUGCGUUUACAUCGUUCCCGAUACUGCAAACAACGUUACCGGCUUUAAUGCCUCGUCUGUCAACUUCACGGUGACCAUUGGUGCCGCAUCUGUGGCCUAUCACUUCAACAAAACAUACGUUUACCCGUCCGUUGUCGACGGUUGCUCAAGGGAUUACGCUGUUAGCGUGGCUAUUCCUCACCCUGACUACAGUGACAUCACCUUCAACAACGACAUUGCUUUGUUACUCUUAUCUGAACCCAUUGAUUUUCGACGCCAUAGUGCCUGCGCCUGUAAACUGUGUCUGAGCUCCAAAACACCGCAGCCCGGAGAUAAGUGCGUGGCGUCUGGAUUUGGGAUUGAAUCUAUAAUCGAUGCAGAUUUCAAUGGAACAUUCCCUGCUGUUCCACCUCGGCCAGACAUCCCCCUCAAGUACGUACUGCAGACUAUUCUUCCGUCAGAGAACUGCUCAUACGCUAACGAUGGUGCAGACCCGAACAACCUGACCAAUCUCGAUCUGUUUCUCUGCGCCGGUGGGAUUUAUGGUGAAGACACGUGUUUCGGUGACAGCGGUGGGCCACUUUUCUGUUAUGACCCCCGAACACGGACGCAGUAUCUCGCGGGAUUAACGGAUUUCGGGAUAGGGUGCGGGCUCGGAUACGGAAGUGGCUAUACUAAGGUUACUUCGUAUUUGCCUUGGAUUUUUAAUAAUGCUCCUCUGGGUGAUGUAACCAUAAUGAUUUAGAAAGUAUCACUAUGUCGCACAAAACAAAAUGUGAAUUUAAAUUGAAGAAAUGCAAUGUACGGAUGCCAUAAGAUUGUACCGAUCGGCUUCUGAAAAACAUAAUUUUGGAAAUACUUUAUCCUAGAAUUUUGUAAAAAUUGAUAGCGUUGUAAAAUUCUUUUUAUAAGCCGAAAAACCCGUAUCGAGUCGGCAGAUGACUGGUUUUUCUUUCUGUCAGGAUCCACCUUCCA